CUGAUGUUUUUACCCAAUAGCAGCUGCGUCCGUGAGUCACGUGAUACCAGCCCUCAACGUCAUUUUUUCGCGACUGCCUUCGUCUGACAGAUCCAUGUGAACAGCGUUGGUUAAAAGAUACUCUAAACUUCAGACUCAAUGGCCAGCCGCAUCUUGGGCAGAUAUGCCCGUGUGCUCUGCAGGGCCUCCUCCCAGACUACCGCUGCGGCUGCUGCCCGCCCCCCUCCACCUGUAGCUGGACCUACAGAAGUGCAGAGGUCUCAAGGCUGGCCCAGAGUCACAGAAAGGUUAAUGUGUGAGGGAAGGACACUUACAAAGGAAGACUCCCUCCCUUUUGUACGCACGAAACUUGAGCAGUUGGUAGAAAAGGCAGCAGUACCAGAGGACGUGUUGCUGGCCUGGGAAAGACAUGGAAAGAAUGGUAAUCAAGCAGCUGGUGCCCUGGUGUGGUGGUCUCGUUUGGCACUGAGGACGGGGGGCAACUUUAAGGAAGAAAAACCAGAAUUACUAACAGAUUCAAGGCUACUGGAUAUGAUGGACACUCUAUCUCGGCAGGUGUCUGCCGUAUGGAAUGGCAAUCUAGUAUAUGCCAUGCGAGCUCUCUGGAUUAUUGGUCUGCCCUCUAAUGAUUCAGUGCUCAACUCUGUCCAGACUGAGGUCCUGUGGCGAGUACGCAGGCUAACAUACAAGCAACUGAGCUUCCUCGCAGAAUGGGGAAAUGGCAGGAAAGGGUCCCAGAACGUGGCAAUAGUGAAUGCUGCAUUAAAACAGCUGGAACUGCGCUGGACUGAAAUAGCAGAUGCUAAAACUGUCACUGCACUGUUAUCCAGCGGAAAACACAUCUCUCCCACCUUGAUAGACCGACUUGAAGACAAGGCUUUGGAGCUGGCAGGGGGCUUCUCAGCUGAAGAGAUCGGCAGUGUUUGCUUAUCUUUGGCAGCUCAGAGCCGCAGAUCUGUCCCGCUGCUCAGAGCGUUGUCCUACCACCUUCUCCAGAAGCCAUCAUCAGAUUUCACCACUCCACUGAUACUGGACAUGGCUUUAGCAUACGGGAAGUUGAAUUUUCACAAUUCCCAGUUGUUUCAGCGAAUGGCCUCAGAGUUGUUACCCAGAGUCCCGGAGCUCAGCUCUGCUGAUGUCACACGCUGUGCUAAAUCACUGGGCUUUCUCAAAUGGCUCAACAUCCCUCUCUUUGAGGCCUUUGCUGACCACUACAUAGCAAACAAUCCGAACUACACUACUCUUCAACUCUGUAACCUGCUCAUGACUUUUGCCCGAGUGAGCUUCCAGCCAAGCAGAGGAGAAGAGUUCUACAGCAAGGUUCACUCUGCGCUGGAGGGCGCUCUCUCAGGCCUGGAGCCCUUCAUGCACACAGAUGUGGUUUGGGCUCUGUGUGUGCUGCAGCAGGCCAAGCCCCAGUACAUCAUCCCCCUCACACAACAGAAUCAUGUUGCCAGACUAUCAGAGGGCAGCCCAGCUCGAUUGGAGAACUAUAAGCUGAAACUGCUCCACAUUGCAACUACCCUCCAAUUGGAGCAUCCGGGUUCCUCAGAUACGCUGCCCUUCCUGACGGCCCUGCCUGUCCCGGAAAGGAGCUCCCCCCCCUCACCUCUGCAGAGGAGUCUAAGAGAGACUUUACAGAGUUUAGUGGGUGGGAAAACAGAGGCCCUUCGCACUGGGGUCAACACUAUUUAUGGAUGGACUAUUGAUGGUGAACUGGUAGUGGAUUGUGACAACAAACCAAUUGACUUGACAAUGCUGAAAUCCUCUCACCUUCCCAGUGGAGGAGGAGAUGAGGCUUUAUCUGAAGGGGCACACAGGCUUGCUUUCUUGGCUUGGGAAUUUCCAAACUUUGGCUCAAAGAGUAAAGACCUCCUAGGACGUUUUUCCAUGAUGAAGCGGCAUCUUCAGUUGGCUGGCUUUAACACUGUGGAGGUGCCAUAUUAUGAUUGGCUGGAGCUGAAGACGGAACGGCAGAAGGUGGCAUACCUUAAGGAUAAAAUUGGGAAGGCUGUAGCUGAGGAAAUGGCCAAGUGAACCCAUCAAUCAUUUCAGCUAAUUUGCAGACUCAGCUAUAUAAGAGCUUCCCCAAUCAAAUGGGACCACGGAUAAUAAUAUGUACCCACGUCCACACUUGGAAUGGAGCCGUAUUGCAGAAAGGCUCUCAUCUUUUUUCAGAAAACAAAAAUCAUAUUUUCACUCUGGUUCCCUUGGAAACUUGUGGGGCUUUCCCUGUUUCCAUGGUGAUGAUAAGCAAGAAUUUAGGAGCCAGAGAGAGAGACAGAAAUAAAACAACAGCGAGUCUUCUGUAGGAAUGCAAUGAUCAACGAAAAAAAAGUAUUUGCCUCUGCAGGUCACAUCGAAACAGAAGCUCCCAGGCCAUUUGUAGAAUGUUGGCCAAAAAAUGGAGUUAUUUAAGCAUCUGGAUCCAGUGUACAACUUAAGUAUCUCUUUGAAUGUGUGUUGAAUAAUAAAUAGUUUUAUUAUGA